CACCUUUCACAAUUCACAUUCCCUUCUCUCAUUUCGAUAUCUCAGUAAUUAAUAACCAUGGCUGGUUUGGAAUCCAUGUCCACCGUUUUCUGCUUCCUCUUCUUCUCCUUCACCGCUUUGUUCUCUCUCUUCUCCCUGCUUGUAUUCAUUCUACGGCUCCGGCCCUGGUGCAACUGCCACGUCUGCCGGAGCUUCCUGACGUCGACCUGGACCAAAGACUUCGACAACUUCUGCGACUGGUACACCCAUCUGCUGAGGAAGUCUCCGACGGGGACUAUCCACCUCCACGUCCUCGGCAACAUCGUCACUUCCAACCCGGAAAACGUGGAGCACAUCCUCAAAACCAGGUUCGACAACUACCCCAAAGGCAAGCCGUUCACUGUGAUCCUCGGCGAUCUUUUGGGCCGCGGGAUCUUCAACGUCGACGGCGACACGUGGCGGUUCCAGCGCAAGAUGGCCAGUCUGGAGCUCGGCAGCGUCUCCGUUCGGUCCCACGCGCUCGAGGUCGUCGCCGCCGAGAUUCACUCCAGGCUGAUUCCGCUGCUCGCCUCGGUUUCCGGGAAGGAGUCAAACGGCGGCGUUUUGGAUCUGCAAGACGUGUUUCGGCGAUUCUCGUUCGACAACAUAUGUAAGUUCUCUUUCGGAUUGGACCCGGGUUGUCUCGAGCCGUCUCUCCCCGCUUCGAAAUUCGCGGAUGCGUUUGACAUGGCGUCGAAGCUGUCGGCCGAGCGUGCGAUGACGUCAUCGCCGAUGCUUUGGAAGAUCAAGCGGUUUUUCAACGCCGGCUCCGAAAAGCAGCUCAAGGAAGCAGUUACAAUGAUCGAUGAUUUGGCCAAAGAGAUGAUACAACAGCGCCGGGAAAUGGGCUAUGGCUCCAAAAAAGACCUCUUGUCGCGAUUCAUGGCCACCGUCGACGACGACCAGUACCUGAGAGACAUAGUCGUCAGCUUUCUCCUUGCGGGCCGUGACACCAUCUCGUCCGGGUUGACCAGCCUGUUCUAUUUACUGUCCCAACACCCGGAAGUGACGCAGGCCGUAAGGGAGGAGUCCGAUCGGGUCAUGGGUCGGGCCGGAGCAACCCCGAGCUUUGAACAGAUGCGGGAAAUGCAUUACUUGCAUGCAGUGCUUUACGAGACAAUGAGGCUGUUCCCGCCGGUGCAAUUCGAUUCCAAGUUUUGUCAGGAAGACGAUGUGUUACCUGAUGGUACUUUAGUCAAGAGUGGCACUAGAGUUACCUACCAUCCCUACGCAAUGGGCCGGAUGGAGAGCAUUUGGGGACCCGAUUGCCUCGAUUUCAAGCCCGAGAGGUGGUUGAAGAACGGGGUUUACUCACCGGAGAGCUCCUACAGGUACCCGGUUUUUCAGGCAGGGGAGAGGGUGUGCUUGGGCAAGGAGUUGGCUCUGGUGGAGAUGAAAUGCGUCGCCGUUGCCCUUAUUAGGAGGUUCGAUUUUCAGGUUUCGCAACCCGGUCAGGCCCCCCGGUUCGCGCCGGGUCUCACGGCCACCGUAAGAGGCGGGCUACCAGUUCGAGUUGAAGAAAGGGAAGGCUAGGGUAGCUGGAUGUUCAUGCAAAUGUUGCUUAGCUAAAACUUUCAUUUGCCUUUCAGGGGCAAGUUAGCGUCUAGGGCAUUAGAUGAAUAAUGCUAACUUAGACCAACCCUUGGGCAAAAUAUUUAAGCAGUAGUAGCCCGGUACAUACUUUAAUCUAAUGAAGAAGCAUGAAACAUUCAUAUGUAAGCAGUCGUCUCUUAUCCAUAUAUAAUAGAUGAGCAUUUGAUUCC